AUGGGGAACGUGCAAUCGGAGCCGUCCGCUGGCGGUGGCUCCCGAAAACAGCAGGCCUCAGACUGCAGGCGGCCGUCCCUGGUGGAGCCCGAGGUGACCCCUUCCUCUCCAGCCAUGCGCCUGGCUCGAGGGCUGGGCGUCUGGUUCCCUGGCAGCUCCGCGCCCCCCGGCCUUCUGGUGCCCCCAGAGCCCCAGGCCUCACCCUCGCCCCUGACCUUAGAACUGCCCACACCAGCGGCGUCCUCUCCAGAAGUGCCGGCUGUGCCCGGGGUCUCCACACCACCCCCGCCCCCUGUGGGUACCCUGCUGUCCGCGCCGUCUAAGUGGCGGAAACUCCCGGGCACGCCGGUGCCCCGCAUCCGCGGCCUGCUGGAGGCCAGCCACUGCGGCCAAGGGGAUCCCGUGAGCCUACGGCCAAUCCCGGUGCUGCCGCGACAACUAUCGGAAAAGGACCCCGUUCCGAGGCCGCCCUCCCCAAUGCCGCCACCCCUCAAACCGUGGAAGCUGCCGCCACCGCCGCUACCGCUUUCCAACCGGCAACCCCUGGAUCGCAGCAUCAUUCCUGCUUUGGCCACUGUCACACCUUCCGCACCUGCCACAGUCCCCGCCGCCACCGCCACCGAAAGCCCUGCCUGGCCCUGCAGCGAGGGCCCGAUGGCCGGUGGCGGGACCCGCGGAGAGCCACCUGCCCAAGUGGAGGAAAGCGAAAAGACCGGGAACGCGAACUCCGAGUCUGGCCUGAACCUGCUUUGCAAAGUUGUCUUCAAGCCGGGCAGCCAACUGCCUGCCGGGGCACCCUCAGCCUCCUCGAGCCCCUCCAGCCCCUCCAGCCCCUCCAGCCCCUCGACCCCCUCAGUGGCCUCGGCCUCGCCCACGGGUGGAGCCAGCGGUGGGCUGGUCGCUGCCUCGGGGCCUGUCUCCUACGCCGAGGUCCUGAAGCAGAGGCCCCUGGCUCCUGGCACCUCACGUACGUUGGGAGAGGUCCCUCAGGGUGCACAAGAAACCGAGGGCGGUAAUGGAGAUGGCGAAGUGUGUCCCGGGCCUCCGUUGGGGCCUGCCGCCCACGCACGGACCCUACCGCCACCGCCCUACACUACCUUCCCAGGCUCGCAGCCCAAAUUCGACUGGUUGAGCCCUCCGGACGGCCCCGAACGCCACUUCCGCUUCAACGGGGCUGUCGGAGGCGUCGGGGUGCCCCGACGGCGAGCCGUGGCGCUCUCAGGGCCCUGGAGCUCCCCUCCACCUCCGCUGCGGCCGAUCUAUCCAGCUCCCGGGCCCCGCAGGCCCGCCCCUGCCCUACUGGCGCCGCCCAUGUUCAUCUUCCCGGCGCCCACCAAUGGCGAGCCCGUGCGCCCCGUGCGCCCCGUGCGCCCGGUGCGCCCGGUGCGCCCCGUGCCUCCGAGCCAGCCCGAGUUGCCGCCGCCGCCGCCCACGCCACCUGCCACGCCGUCGCCCGCGCCGCUGCCCCCACCGCAGCCACCAGCGCACCAGCCGAAGCCGCUGCCGGUGGUACCCCCACCCACCGCAAGUCCCGGCCCCGUGGAGUCAACCCUGGCUUCUGCCCCGGCUCCCGCGCUGCCACCUGUCUUGGCCACCGACCAGAUCCCGGUCUCCUCGGCCCCGGCUCCGGUCCCGGCCGCGGUCUCGGCCCCAGCCCCGAUUCCGGUCCCUGCCCUGGCUCUGGCUCCGGUCCCGGCCCCGGCUUCUGACCCAGCCCCAGCCCCAGCCCCGGCCCCAGCCCCGACCCCAACCCCGGCCCCGGCUCCAGGCCCAGCCCAGGCUCCUGACCCAGCCCCGGCGGCUCCGGACCCAGCCCCAGCCCCGGACCCAGCCACAGCCCCAGCUGCACUUGCAGCUGCAACUCCUCCCGCGGCCGAAACUUUGCCACCCACGCCCACAGCUGCGCCCGCUCCCAUCAAAACUCGCACGCGCAGGAACAAAGGUCCCCGUGCAGCCCGAGUUGUGACCCGCGAAGACAGCGCGCCUGGCGACGGUCCCCGGGAGCGGAAUGUGACAGUAGCGACCAACAGUGGCGGCGGUGGCGGGGCUGCACCGUCAGGGCCAGCCAGCAAGGCCUCUGUGCACCACUGGCCGCCUUUCCAGGUGCUCAACUCUUGUCCUUGCAAGUGUUACUGCCGCCACCAGGCACGCCAUCGCCGCCUGCCACGCAACGUAUCUGCAUGGCUGAGCACACCCACCAACCACCUGAGCGAGCCACCUUGGGUCGCCACCAUCAAGCUGGCAGGUUCCCUGGUAGCUGGGCUGGAGCACUACGACUUGCAGGCCACCCACUCCAACUGA